UUCAUGCAUUGUAGAUUUUGUUUUGUUUAUUUAUAGGUAAUUGAUUCUGAAAGAAAACCCCCACCAUGGAGUCCCCGACGUGUACAAACUCCGCGCCGUCAACCCCGGUGGGUACACGUAACAUCUUCGGACGACGUCGUUUGUUGCGACUAGCAUCGUUGAACGAACUCCAGGAUAUAAAAACACGACAAGACGAGCUGAGGUUAUCACUUGACACCACUGGUGGUCACGGUGUUGACAAGUUUGGAAAACAUCGUGCUCGAUUUUAUUCUUCAGGAAAUAUGGCUGAUCACGACAAACGACCAAAUCAGCUGUUCAUUCCACGGAUUUCAGUUACAUCCACAGGAAUACGAAAAAGUUUGAGGACAGAAGUGCAUUUCAACCAAUAUUGCAAUAACAAAUUUGUUUCACAAUUUGAAGUAUGUUUAACAGCAAUGAAGAAAAAACAGUAUGUUUGGUCAUUAUAUAGUAAUGACUGAUAUGGUUUGCACAAUUAUGUUAAUACACUCUUCAAAAAAAGUAGGGGAACUCUAAUAAGAAUUCACAAUUGCCCAAAUUGUAAGGUAUAUUAGCUGUGGGGAAUGG